AGUAAUGGCUGUUGAAUCGGCGACCUCUAACGGUACAACCGAUGAAAACCAUCCAGAAGAAAUAAUAGACAAGUGUAAAAAAGGAUGGUUAUUUAAGAAAACGCACUACACUAAACGCUGGAAAGUUGCGUGGUUUCAUAUCAGAAACGGGAAUCUUUUCUACGGUGUUAAUGAAGAGUCAACAGAAAAGUGCAUUAAUCUGGCUGGAGCAAAUAUGGAUUUGCUGGAGGGUGAUGAUGACAGAUUUGGCUGGACAAUCACACCAAGGGACAGUAAACGUACCUUCUUCCUUAGUGCUGAUGCUGCAGAAGAGCGCCAGGCCUGGAUGACAGCAAUUUGUGAAGAACAGCUCAAUUCUGAACAACACAACUCAAAUGCAUGUGUUGUCCAAUAGAUGCCCUUGAAUUUUGUAUUUUCCUUCCAAUUUUUGGAGUAUAAUUUUUCUUUAUUGGAUUGUUUUUGCUUGAACAGUUUAAAGAUGCUCUACUGAUAGAUAGUUCAGGUGUAGGGGUCUGUUGGAGUCUGUCUGACCAGUGUGAAACACCUGUUGGCAGUUGUUGGAUCAAAGUAAAUGAGACUUAAGAAUGUGGUUGUCUGUUGGUAUCUGUUGGUGUUUGUUGGAGUUGGUAGUUGUCUGACCAGUGUGAACUGGCCUUUACACAAUAAUGGAAACUCAAAUGUACUGUGCCCAUUACAAAUGAAGGAAACCUUUUAUUUUUUAAACAAGUAAAAUAUAUUUUAUGUUUUUUAUUUGAUACACUCUUAAAUAGCUCUGCUUUUUCAAAUUAAAGAUAAAUCAAAGGUUUUGUUAAAUUAAUAAAAACAAUCUGAAUGUG